AUGGCUUCUCCUACGCAGUCCAACUACUUCCCGCCUCUGGACAAGUGCCUGGCUGGCAGUGAGCGCCUGGUAUCAUGGAGGACCGCAUCUACCGCGUUAUGCGAUCCUAGAGCUGCCACAAAUAACGCACUACAAGCCUUUCUCAGCGAUCCUGAAAGCAACAAAUACCUUACACAUGCGCUCGAUCCAUUCCCCAAACCCGGCCCCAGGACGAAGAACGAUUUCGAGACCAAGACCGCGCCCAUCCACGUCGCGCAGUCCACAAAUGGCGACUAUGACCUCGAAGAGCUGAAGAAGGAUGCGCAAUGGCUGUCCGAGCAGGUGGCUGUGGAAGAACUGGUUGCGCUGAGGUGCGUGGUCCUUGAAUGGCAGCAGAGGGCAGAGGAGCAAUUGCUUGCAUCUUUGGGAGAAAACGGCAGUGCUGUGGGUGGUACAGAACUUGGGGCGUCCUUGUUGGGGACAAGCACCGCCGGUUUUGCCUCGUCACUAUUAGGACCUACGACUACGGACGAAUUCACCAAAGAGGAGCCAAGGCGGACAAGACAGUUGCAGCUGUACUUGGAGGAAAGAGAGCAUAUCCGCAAGGUUGAAGUGGCUUUGAUAAACCGCACUGCCUCAUCAGUCGGCAUCUCUCAAUCGAGCGGCAGCUGGAUUGAUGAUCUCGGAGCGAAGGUCGUGGAAGAUAUGUGCUCCCCAAACAGCCGAACAGCAUUUGAGACCUUCCUCUCAGGCUGCAUCAAGGAUCUUGAGAAGAGCGUGGAACUUCUGGAUGACAGCACAAAGUGGCCGAAGAUAUUCCUCGCAGACGAAGCAAAGCAGGGCAUGUACGCAGUUGCUGGCUUCAGGGACCUUACUUCCGGUCUACAGCUGCUCCUCGCAGCGCUCCAUCUGAUCACGUCCAAUACCUACAUCCCGGGUGGGGACCUGGUCAGAACCUAUUUCGAGCUCAUGGGCAAAGUCAGCUUCUUCUCCGCCACUGCGUCCUCCCCAGCCCUACCGGAUCCAUCAGCCCUCAAAGCUUUAGCGUCACUCGUAUCGGUUUCGAUUCUCUAUCUUCCCGCGGCUGUCUCGAACAUCCAGGACACCGCAUCUCAGAUGCUCAACAGCGGCAGCGUGCAAUACCCGGCGCUUCCCACCCAGACUGACAUGUACAUCAACGACGAGACAUGCCUCCAUCAGGUCAACUUAGUCAUCUUCAAGGCCGCUACUUCAAAGCAGCCGCUCCCUCUAGCUGGUCCAGCUAUCCUCGCCUGGAGUCUGCUGACAAGCAACAUUCGCGAUAUCGCCAAGCUUCUGCAACAAGCUAGAGAGCAGCGGCAAGCGGAGGAGGCGAAUCAAAGUAGUCCCGGCAUGGCGCGAAGGCCGUCGAGGGAUGACCUUUCCACUUUUGAGAACCAGUUCGCUCGAUUGCAGGACGGACUCAAUCUCGAGGAGGAGGACCGCGACGAUCCUCCUGGCUGCUUGGCUAGGGUCGCUGUUGACGGCAUUGGCGUUUUUGACAUCCUGUCGCAGCUUGCUUCGACCUCUGCAAUGAUAUGGGACGAUGAGACCUCCUUCAUCGCACGUGCAGCGCUCUUCGACCUUCUGCGCGAGUCGACGGCACUUGUUUCGUACAGUGCAGAUCUACUGGAUGCUGUAUUGAGCUCUCUGGUGCCCAAUUCUAAACCAGCAACGAAGAUGGAAAGCAAAGCGGAAGAUCUGAACACCCUUUUGGCCGACCGCCUUCUCGAAUCUGACGAUAUGCAACGUGCAAUCCUAUCGCAAGCCGUCGCGAGAUAUCCGUUUGAACUCUCGCCGCUCCUCCGACUUCUGACCGCCCUGACGGCCGGCUCAAAUAAGCAAUCUGUAGGCCCGGUGGAUCUGGUCAGGAUGCUGGACGUGAUGCCAUCAUUGACUAUAAUGGUCGAUCAUUGGUUCAAGGGAUACCAACUUGAGAACGAGGAUGAAAACGAGAACAAUAUCGCGCUCACGGAGGAUCUACCUCUUUUCAUCUCGAAGCAGUUCGAGCAAGGCUUCUUUCCUGGGAACAGCCCGAAAGCGAUCACAAUGGGCAAUAAUGGAUCACAUGCGUCAACAUCUGUCUUGACCAUUCCGGCAGGAACGCAAGGUCUAGUUAUCAAGGAGACUCGCCCCAUGGUUCUUCGAUUAGAACACCAGCACUCCGCUCUGGAAUACUUGGGCCUCUUGCUGGCAACCUCCUUACCCGCUUCCGAACUUCUUCCUGCUCCUCCAAUGGACACCAGCCUUGAUCGUGCCACCACUGCCGACAUCAUCUCGCUAACUACUGCCAUACUCACCGCAAGUCUACGCCAACAUAAAGGCGUUGAAGAAGCUCGCUACGUCCUUGGCCGCCUCUCCAACUCUCUGCCCGAAGGCCAGGACAUCAUCUUGAUCAUCUUCGAUAUCCUGGAAACCGAACUCCUUGCACACCUCGACCAGAGUACCGGCGAAGGGUCGCUUGACCUACUUGUCGCCUGCGCAGAAUGCACGGCCACCCUUGUUCCUAUCUCGCCCGACCGAGUCUGGAGCUCGCUGAACCGCAGUGCGUUGCUCGGCCUCAUAGGUGGCGCAAACGCUCUUGCAGCUGUUGUAGGCGGCUCGGAGGUCCCAAGUGGCAGCUUUCGCUUCCUCGCUGCUUCUGUCGACCUGUACGCAAGCCUGGUUGACGACGCCGUUGCUGGACUCGUGAAGCGCAAACCAAGAUUCGUCAAGAGUCGAGGACGCUUCGACAGCCCGAUGACCGAUCAAGAUGCCACGCCAGAACGAAGCAUUGGUGCCGUACUGGUGGCUUUCCAACGCGCAAUGGGUGAUGCGUGGAUGGGCGUUGGAGAGUGGCGGUUUGGACUGCGAGAGGAGAGGUGUGGGAUCUGGACAAAUCUGGCCGGGGGGUUUGAGACGUUACUCCGUGCUGCAUACGGUGUCGGUGGAGAGGGGCAGGGAAUCUCUGGUGCUCUAGAACCGGCUGCAAGACUGGUGGUGGAGGCAUUUGCAGGGCAGGAUGGGACGUUGCAGAGCUUUACGAGGGUGUUUGGGGAAGGGCUCGGUGCUCAGGAGCCUGCGUUGACUCCACUGGAGACGAAGGCCGUUGUCGGGCAGAUCGCGGCUGCCGCAGAGUUCUUAGCGACUCUUCUACGGACGACGAAGAUGCUGGACGUGGGCCACGACAAAAAGAGGGGAGAGGUAUUGGGCCGACAACUGGUGAAGCUCAUGCCCAACUUUGCUGCUCUGGUGGCCACUGGUCAUGCCUACAAGCAGUGCUUGUCGCUUCUACUGGCAGAGGUUGUGCAAGCGGUCAACGGCAGCACCUCCACUGGCUCUACCGACACGCCCUCGCUCCUCAGCCCUCUUAGCGCAGACGCAGGCAGGCACUUCCUGGCGGUCGUCUCACACCUCGAUCGGCCUCUUCGCGACCUUGAAGUCGAGACCAGCAUCUGGGCUUUCCUUGCUGCAGUAAUGGCCAACAAGCAGCAAUGGUUCGCAGUCUAUCUUCUUACCGGCUCCCUGCCUCGAGAUCGAUUAAAGGCACAAAGCGCCCCACAAAGCAAAAAGUCGCUCCUUACGUACGCCCUGGACCAGCUCUCAGACAUCGCGGCCACCCAGCCAGAGCGAGCAAUAGCGAUGCUGAAGUUCGUGGCUGCAGCGCAAAACGCCUGGGUUUGGGCGAGCAGCCAGAUCCGGGAGCAUGAGACCUUCCUGAAGACUUCAAUCGACUGGCUGAGCAAUCUCCAGCCACCUUCCGAGCAGGCUAAGAAAGGUAACACGGCCGAGCAGCUUCUGGCCGCUAGCGAGCACAGGACCGCCGCCUACCUCUGCGAGAUCCUGGCUGUUGGCGUUCACGCUGGCUGCGAGGUUGGCGACCGCACGGUCCUGAAGCUGUCGUUGCCAAAGCUGCGAUUCUUGCGGGAGCACGGCAGCGAGGUCGAUGCUUAUAAUAACUCACUUCACGGCAACUUGGAGAAGAACUUCAAGAAGAAGUAUGAAGACGUCAGCAUUGAGGUGACGGACUUCAAGCGCACGACUGCUUUCGCCAGCCCUACGCAUACUGAGAAAGGCUUCGAGUAUGAUCUUGAGUUCGCGGAGCAGGUGCUUGGCCACGAGCUGGCUUGGCUUGGUGCACGAUUGUCGGUCCGAGAUACUGGGUUCAAGGAGGAGUUCUCUAGGGCCAACGUGAACUUGAACCUGAUGCAUGCGCAGCGUGAGUUGCUGAGUGCAUGGAGAAUCCUGGCAACAACGAUGUCUGAGUGUCUGGAUACAGGCUCUGAACAAGAGCAGAAGACGCUUGGAGAAGAGCUCGCCAAGGUCGUCGAGAGAUGUCUGCGGGCGAAUGCAAAUUUCGACCUGGGUGUACCCGGAAUGGGCGAAGUGGUCGACACAAGGAUGGGGCUGGCUUUCACAGUGCUUUCGAAGCUGGCUGGGCUGAGGGUCGAGAACGAUAACAUGCGAGGCCUGUUGGCUGCGGCUUACGAUGCGGUCGUGGCAUGUCCGGUCAAUUACGACGUGGCAGAGAAACAGGAGGAGCUGGUGUACUGGAGAACAGUGCUGCAGGUGCUGUACCUGGCUAUCCAGCCACAUGCCUAUAUGAGCAGCGGGAGUUCCAGAGGGACAACGAACGGAGCGAGCGCGACAACCGAGACGCAGAUCGUCUUCCUGGAUCCGGCUGUCGCGGGAGUUCUGGUUCAGGUCGUGGAAAAGGUGGUCGCACCCGGCUUCCGUGCUCUUUGCGGCAACCUGCACACCAGCAUCGACACCGCACAACCAGCUGACUUCGCCCUUAUCACCGCAAUCCUCCGAGCUCUACUUUCGGUCAAGGGCGUCGAAGCCGUUCACACUCAGAUCGCUGAGGCCAUUGCAUCCACCAACCUCGUCCGCGGAGCGCUGAGUCUGUACUCUUGGUCCGACCGCUUGGCAUCCCCUGACACUACCUCGGACAGGAGUACCGGCCACGACCCCAUCUACGGCGAACUAGCCAUCCUCUUCCUCCUCGCUCUCUCAACGGUCCCUGGCGUCGCAGAGCAAAUGGCUCUCGACGGCGUACUUGCCCAACUCGCCUCUGCGAACCUCUCAGAGUACUUCCGCAAGCCUGCUGGGAAGGGACCAUUCGACGAACCGCGCCGCCUCUUUCCGAUCUGGACUGAAGGUUUCCUCCCGCUGUGCCUCAAUCUGCUGGACGCUGUUGGCGCUCCGGUGGCGGGUGAUGUGUCGACCUUCCUGAGCUCGUUCCGGCCACAGCUCCAGCGCGCGGAGACCGCACUUGAGAACCGCGCGCCUUCUCAACGCAAUCCGUACGGUGGAGCUAUCACGUUGGGUUUGGUGAGGGAGGCACACAGUCUCUGCCUCAUCGCGAAGCUGCUUGGUGUGUUCGUGGCGUAUGCAGCGGACGCAGGCAUCGAUGCGAAUGAUGUGCCAGAGCUUCAGUUCGAUGAUAAGAAAGUCCGGGAGGAUAUUGUUGGAUUGGCGAGGCAGAAGACUAGUCUUGCGAGCCGGAUCGUGGCAGUUGGCGAGAGGGAAGAAGUCUGGCAGCGGACUGAAGCUGGUGGGACGGAUAAUGUGCUGUUGGCGAAAGUUGUAGCGGAGAUUGAGGGGGUGUUCAGCGAGGCGUUGGUGUGGUCAAAAGGGAUUGCAUAG